CCCUUUCCAACACCAGAUCUCUUAAAUAUGCGUGCUUCCUGAGGCUAUUUCUCUCACCAAAAUAUAACACAUUACCCCAACUCUUUAAUUUCAUUUGCCCACAUAAACUCAACUCUCUAUAUCCCCUCAUUUGUCACGCAAACAACACUCCCCCGUAUUUGUCCUACUAUAUAUUCCAUCCCUUCUUUUUCUUGCUUUCUUAUAGGAAAAACAAAAAGGUUCAAUACAUAUAUAUAAAACCCUUUGUGGGGUUUGUCUGUGUGAAACCGAUAUGUUUAGUGAAGAAGAGUUGCGUGAGAUAAGUGUGUUGAAGAGAGGUGAUGAUUACGUGGAAGUUUUGUGUGGCUGCACCAGUCACCGUUACGGUGAUGCUGUUGCCAAGCUUAGGGUUUGUUCUUCUGGUGAACUCCAAAUAGCCUGUGACUGCACACCUGGCUGCCCUGAAGAUAAGCUGACUCCCGCUGCAUUUGAGAAGCAUUCUGGAAGAGAGACUUCUAGGAAAUGGAAAAAUAAUAUUUGGAUCCUUGUUGAUGGUGAUAAAGUUCCAGUGGUAAAGACUGCACUACUCAAAUAUUAUAACCAGUCCUUAAAGCAUGCAAAUGGAUCACAUAGAUCUAAUAAAUCUGGUCAUCGCGAUGAGUUUAUCAUAUGUACAGAGUGCAACAAAGAACGCAGGUUUCGUCUCCGCACCAAGGACGAAUGCAGGAGCUACCAUGAUGCUUUGGCCAAUGCGCAUUGGAAGUGCUCUGAUAUUCCUUUUGACAAAUUUUCAUGCGAUGAUGAUGAAGAACGAGCAAGCCGAAGAGUGUACAGGGGAUGUUUGCGUUCUCCGACGUGUAGAGGUUGCACUUCCUGUGUGUGUUUUGGCUGUGAAAUAUGUCGUUUCACAGACUGCACUUGCCAGACUUGCAUUGAUUUCACAAGGAAUGCCAAAGCUUGAACAUCACCCUUUUUACUUAAAGCAUUUCUUUCAAUUUAAAUGGGCAUGUUCUUCCAAUCAUUAGCUCAUUUGAACCCUUGCAAUUGUUUACAGCAUGAUGCUUUUGCUGACAUUC